UUUUCUUUUCCCCCUUUUCUAGUUCAGCGUUUCUGCUGCUCUAACUUGGCUUAUUGAAAUUUUGUGCGCAUAAAUCAUAGAAAAGGCCUUCCGGGUUCUGGUUUGAGUUGCUUGUUUUAUUCUACUGCGAACCCAUAACUGUGGUUUUAUUUCUUUUUUCAAAGUACUGCUGAUUUUGAUCUAUUUAUAUUUGUAUGGUGUUCUGGAUUGAGACUUUCAUUUGGUUUGGAAGUAAGAGCUUGGUUAAUUUCUUCGUACUUUCUUGAUAUGUCUACCUUUGGGUCAAGAAAAGGAAGACAGAUACUGUUUGCUUUUAGAUUUUAAUUUGAAGGGUUUGUCAUGGCAUUUGAACCUUAUUAUCAAAGAGGUACCCUUCUUGGUAGUUUCCACAUGGAAGAUAUUCAGUUAAAUAUCAAUUGGGAAGAUGUGAUUUGUCCUAUAUGCUUGGAAUUCCCUCACAACAGUGUGCUCCUUCAAUGCUCAUCUUAUGAGAAAGGCUGCCGGCCUUUUGUUUGUGAUACUGACCAUUUGCACUCAAACUGUUUGGACCGUUUCAAAAGUGCAUGUGGUAUGUCAUCUCCUUCAACAUCUGAUGUAUCUCUCACAACAAACACACAGCAUAUGGUAGUAGAUAGCAGUUGCAGACUAGCUUGCCCCCUGUGUAGAGGUGAAGUUAAUGGAUGGGUGGUUGUUGAUAAGGCUCGUGUACACUUAGAUGAGAAAAAGCGCCGUUGUGAGGAAGAACAAUGUACUUUCACAGGGACCUAUUCUGAACUAUGUAAACAUGCUCUAUUAGAACACCCUCAUGCUCGUCCUUCAAAAAUUGAUCCUGCUCGACAACUUGAUUGGGAGAAUUUCCAGCAGUCCUCUGAGAUAAUAGAUGUUUUGAGCACUAUACAUUCAGAAGUCCCACGUGGGGUUGUUUUGGGAGACUAUGUGAUUGAGUAUGGGGGUGAUGAUACUGGAGAUGAAUUUGAGGACUUUCCUGGGGAUGAAGGCAACUGGUGGACUUCUUGCAUCUUGUACCAGGUAUUUGAUAAUUUCAGAAGUUCUCGAAAUAGAAGAAGGUCAAGAGUAGCUGAUACAAGAAGGGGAAAUCGACGCAUGAGUUAUGAUAAUUCGAAUUCUGAUGAGGGUUCUGUGACAUCUGUAGAAUUUUCAGAUUACAGACUAGAUGAGACUGAUGAUGAGUUCACAAGUGCAAGUGGCCGCUCCAGGGGUAGCUCUGGUCAUCGCAGUUCCCGAAGGCAUCGAUCCCGCUUCUAUGACAGUUAGGUAUGUAAUGCAUGAACACUUUGGCUUUGAAGGGAUUUUCUUUUAGAUUAUUCAUGCACAAUGCUCACAUUUAUAAUAUAGAUCCUUUAUCUCUUGAUUCUCAUCUAUGGUUUUGUGCUUAUUAAUUAUUGGUGAUAUACCUCAUUAGUGCACUUGAUACGUUGGCAGCUCAUUAGUGAAAAGUGAAUGAAGGAUUGAAAGAAAACUGAUAGAGAUGGUGGUGGAAACAAAGGUUUUCUUCAAACACUGAAAAGUUACAUCAGGAUCAGAUCUUGUAACAUAUGUAAUUAGAUCUGCUGGUUAGACCUGAAUUUUUGUAUUUGACUGAUUAUAUGGUGACUGAAUUUGUUAUGGAGUUGCUCUUUUGAAUUUGAAAAUGAUUAUUAAUUUGCAUA